ACGCAGUCCGGCUGGAUGCGUAAUUCUUUCUCCCUCGCAACUGAAGAUAUUCCACUCCCCACGAUUUCGGUACAUAUACAACCCGUCACCUCCCUCACCUCCGGCUCCUUUCCGCCACCGUCACUACCUCCACCUCCCCCUUUGAUAGGAGAAGCGGAGGUCCUAAAAGCGCGAUCUUUCCUGAUAAUUCCAACAUUCCCGGGGGCGGGGGUCCCUCUCGCGGAUCUCGCUCUCGCCGACUUGUCUUCUCUACCUUCUCCGCUGUCGCCGGACAUGUUGCCGUACGCGACGUUGGAGGAUGCGGAGGCGGCGCUAGGGCGGAGCCUCACCGCCGUGGAGGCUCUAUGGUUACGCUAUUCCGCCCGGAUGCCCGACUACCUCCUCUACUGCCACAAUAUCCUCUUCCUGCUCGUCAUCUUCAGCCUCGCCCCCCUCCCGCUUACCUUGAUCGAGCUCUGCCUCCCCGCCGCCGUCUCCCCCUACAAGCUCCAGCCCAAGGUCCGCCUCCCGGCCGCCUCCUUCUUCCGAUGCUACAAGGAUGUCAUGCGCGUCUUCAUCUUCAUCGUCGGCCCGCUCCAACUCUCCUCCUACCCAACCGUGAAGCUUGUGGGGAUACGGACCGGGUUGCCGCUGCCGUCGUUGUGGGAGGUGGCAGCGCAGCUGGGGGUGUAUUUCUUGGUGGAAGACUACGGCAACUACUGGAUCCACCGGCUGAUGCACGGCAAGUGGGGGUACGAGAAGAUCCACCACGUCCACCACGAAUUCACCGCGCCCAUCGGCUUUGCCGCUCCCUACGCGCACUGGGCGGAGGUUCUCCUCCUCGGGAUCCCCUCCUUCGUUGGGCCGGCCAUCGCCCCCUGCCACAUGAUCACCUUCUGGAUCUGGAUCGCCCUCCGCCAGCUUGAGGCCAUCGAAACCCACAGCGGAUAUGACUUUCCUUUAAGUCCCACAAAGUUUAUCCCCUUCUAUGGAGGAGCAGAGUAUCAUGAUUAUCAUCACUAUGUUGGAGGACAAAGCCAAAGUAACUUUGCUUCCGUGUUCACCUACUGUGAUUACAUAUAUGGGACCGACAAGGGAUACAGAUACCACAAGGCAUGCCUAACAAAGUUGAAGGAGCAGCAGGGAAAUGGUCGCCUGAAUGGGGAAGUUAAUGGUUUCAUCAACUACGGCCAGAAAUCUGAGUAGCCGUCGAACUCAUGCCUCGUAAGUAAUGGUUAGGUGUUAAGUAAGACAAAUGUUGUUUUGCUAGUUAGGUGCAGACCUGUUGUUUCUUUCCACCCAUCACAUGCGAUUUUGACAUCCUUUCGUGACGGUGGAAUCCGACACCAAGAUGGUCUUGGAGAAUGGCUAUGUAAUUUCCUAGGUAGUGCAGCAACCUAUGUCUGCUUUUGUUACUUGAUGGUGCACUGCUUGUGAAGCAACCUUGUUAGAGCUGUGGCCCAUGGGAGCUUCUCUGUCUUGGAGAAUUGCUAUGUAAUUUCCUAGGUAGUGCAGCAACCUAUGUCUGCUUUUGUUACUUGAUGGUGCACUGCUUGUGAAGCAACCUUGUUAGAGCUGUGGCCCAUGGGAGCUUCUCUGUCUUGGAGAAUUGCUAUGUAAUUUCCUAGGUAGUGCAGCAACCUAUGUCUGCUUUUGUUACUUGAUGGUGCACUGCUUGUGAAGCAACCUUGUUAGAGCUGUGGCCCAUGGGAGCUUCUCUGUCUUGGAGAAUUGCUAUGUAAUUUCCUAGGUAGUGCAGCAACCUAUGUCUGCUUUUGUUACUUGAUGGUGCACUGCUUGUGAAGCAACCUUGUUAGAGCUAUGGCCCAUGGGAGCUUCUCUGUCUUGGAGAAUGGCCAUGUAAUUUCCUAGGUAGUGCAGCAACCUAUAUAUGCUUUUGUUACUUGAUGGUGCACUGCUUGUGAAGCAACCUUGUUAGAGCUGUGGCCCAUGGGAGCUUCUCUUUUAUGAAUGCCAUGUAAGAAACUUCGCUCUGCGUGGACAACAGUUUCGUCUCAAAAGUUUCUUUUGCUGAUGUUGGUAA